CCCUCCCCUCCUUUCUUCCUCUACGGAUGCUGCAGUCAAGUUGGCCGCGCAUGCGCACUUUAGGUCCUCUUUUUCUUGGAAGCGCCCCAGACCCAUCGCACCAUGGCAGAUCCCGAUCUCGAUUUCCAGACUGGUGAGUCUGGCGCCUCCGCCACCUACCCCAUGCAGUGCUCUGCUCUGCGUAAGAACGGCUACGUGGUGCUGAAGGGUCGUCCCUGCAAAAUUGUGGAGAUGUCCACCUCCAAGACCGGCAAGCACGGACAUGCUAAGGUUAACCUGGUUGGCAUCGACAUCUUCACCAACAAGAAGUAUGAAGAUAUGUGCCCCUCCACCCACAACAUGGAUGUUCCCUCCAUCAAGAGGAUAGACUAUCAGUUGGUUAACAUCAACGAGAACUAUAUGUCCCUGAUGAGCGACAACGGCGACAUCAGAGAGGACCUGCGCGUCCCCGACAAUGAAGUCGGCAAGGAAAUCGAGUCAAAGUUCGAGGCGGGUGAAGAAUUCAUGGUCACCGUGAUCGCUGCCAUGGGGGAGGAAUGUGCUGUCGCUACCAAGGUCUUGGCCAGCAAAUAAGGAGUUGAUAGACUUUGCUGCCCGGACAACAAGCACCACCCACAACCAGUCUCUUGCAUUCUCAUUGGUUCUGUCACCAAAGCGUCGGCCUUCACAGACAACCUCAAUCAUUCUGUUGUGAUCUCUCUCUCUCUCUCAUCAUUGAUCUUUUAUUUCCCCCCCCCCUUGCUCCUCCUCCUUUUGGUUUCUCUUUCCAUUUGCUGUUGGGAUUGUUCCACCGCAGCUCGCUGCGUGGUCCUCUGCCUGAUCACUGAGGUUUUGUUUGGCAACUUUAUAUAAAACGACUUCAAAACAACAACAACCACGAUCAGUCGCUCAAUUCCUGCUUAUUCUGUUUGCCUUCAGACGUGUUGGUUUUGCCACUCACAUUCCUGAAUGUUGAAAUAACAGCGGGAUUCAGCUUUUGUAUGAUUAUUUUUUUAUAUUCUUUAGAUUGAAUACAGCAGGUUUAAAGCCUUUUAGAGGGAAGGGGAUCAGGGGGUCGGGGAGGGGCUGGUUUUGAGUUAAAGCCGUGGGAGGGAGGGAGGGUUGCCCCUGUAGAUACUGAAUUCUGGAUUAGGUCGCCCCUCUAGCAGCCAUACCGCUUUCCAGCAUGGCCUUUGAGUGCGACUAGGUCCCUUUUAUUUUUAUUUCCCCUCUCCUGAUCGGGGGAUCGGUGGUGGCCGGCACGUAAAGAGCACUCGAGGUCCACCCCAGCAUGUCAAAGCUCUAAAACCAAGAUUUCUUUUCUCCCUUUCCCCCCUCCCUUAAAGAGAAAAAAGAAAAAGAACAGAAACUUCAGUGAUUAACCCUCGUGAUGCCAGUCUCUUGUCUGUGUAGAAGUUUGAGGGGGCGUGAGGGUCCCGUGCACUCGCACCUCUCGUCCAUCGGGGCCAUCCCCCAAAUACAAAAAAAGAGGAGUGUCGUUUCGUUUUUAAGAGGGCGUGAGCGUGUGGCAGCGUGGGCCUCCGAAAUGUGGGAGGCGGUUUGCAGUGAGGUGUGUGUUUCUUUUUUUGAGGGACUCGAUCGGGUUGGGGAGGGUGGUAGAGUUGCAAACUUUUUUUGUUCACUCGAGGCCUUUGUCACCUGACUGGAGAUGGCAAAAUAAAAACGAUGAAACAAAUGGAGAAAAACUGCAACCGAUGUGUGGUUUUCUGUCUCAAGUGUUUUAUGGUCUCAGAGGUGGGUGAGCGGCUGCUUUUCAUGUAUUUCAAAGUCCUUAUUUUGUCAUUUAUAUGCUUAAAAAUACUAAACACUGCUCACGGCUCAA